UGUUUGCGGAUGUGCCUUUAGAAAGGUUUUCGCGGUUAUAAAUUUUCGCGGUUCAUGCCUAAUCCGCGAAAACCACGAACAUUUAUACCCUCGAAAUAUACCCUCUAUACGGUACAUGCACAUGCACGUAUUACUUAUAUACAUGUACUUUAACAAAAUGCUUGGCAGUUAUAAUUGAAUUGCAACUGCACAACGUAACGGUGACAAGAGUCAUGCAUGUUUGGUCGGUCUGAGGUUAAAAUUUGAGUUCUUGAGUUUUCUGUGACUCUCAUUGGUGCAUGUAUUAAUUGUUGUAGCUGGUAUAUUAUUCAGCAGUCAUACUAGUGAACAGCAUUUUUGUAGGUUUAAUUUGAGUUUAGAAAUGAAGUGUUGAAGUUAUAUCUCUUAUAACAACAUAAAUUAUACAUGCAUUGUUGGUAUGUGUACUGGCGUGAUUGUUCAUGAUUUAUCCUAGCUGUUCUAUCCUGUUUUAUCCUGAUGUACUAUUUAUCCUGUGUCAUACCAUACAUUAAAAUUUUACGCUGUUGUGUAAUUCACAGUUUUUCUUUUGGUUGUUUAUUCACACAUUGAUCAUGCAUCCUUCGUUUCUGGAUCAUUCUAGAAUUAUUCUCGAUCGCCCCCCUGGGACCUGACUCUUAUAAAUAGUUGUCUAUCCAUUACCUUUUUUUAGUUGGUUUUUGAGUUGCUGUCUUUGUAUAGUUUGCUGGUACUAUUCCCUUAUUGUGAAUUUACUAUAUGAAAGAAAAAUGUUUAUUGGCAGUCAAUCUCAACAAUAGUAAUAGUUUAAUCUGUAUGGUUGCAAGAAGAAUCCAACAUUUAUGGUCCUUCGAACCGGAUACGCAGAGAAUCAAGCUGUUUAUCACUGGUUCUUCGUUGCAAUCUUCUCUAUUGACUUCGACGACUCGACCAGCUGCAAUCCACUGCACAAGGGUGCUUGUCUGUCUAACUGCACAAAGGUGCAUCGAUUUGUUUUGAUUUGUUCGAUAUGUUCGACUAACACAAAGGUGUAAUCCACUACACAAAGGUGUUCAUCUAUCGACUGCACAAGGGUGCAUUGAUUUGUUCGACUAGCACACAGGUGCAAAUCCACUGCACAAAGGUGCUCAUUUGUCUAGCUACACAAAGGUGCACUACGUUGAUACGAACAGUGAUACAAACUCAUUCUCAGACUCAAACCACACCAGCCUUUCACUGCAAUGGCUGACUUACCAACCCUUCGACGAAGAAGAGGAGUAACAAAAUCGUCCAUAACUAAGCUUGGAAACAAGACCAAUGAUUUGGAGGCAGCAGAACACAAUCAUAUUGUUGUGAGCCAUGCUGCACAACUUUUGAAAAGGCUAGAGACCUACAAUGCUGACUACAGAAGUCAUCACAUGGCCAUUAUUGAUGCCUUGGAAAGUGACGAAGCUACAGUACCUGAACAAGAAGAACUGGACCGUCACGAUGAAGAUGUAACUGACUUGACUAUUAGGCUACAAGUGCUGUCAACGGCACCAAUCUCGGCUGUCACUGAUGGACGUACUUUGGCUCUACGCCAGUUGGCACAACUGCAGGCAAAACUCACUGCCAUAGGAGACGAUAUCUCUACACUCGCUGCCGACCCAAAUGACGUACCGUUGGUGUACCUCUACCAAGAACAACUCGUGGAAUUCAAGCGAGAACUAUUUGACAUUCGCAACAACGUGAUAUCAAUCACCGUGGACGACUCUGACCCCCUAAAUGAUACUAUCAAGAGGCAGGAGAAAUUGAUAUUCGACAUGUCUGUCACCGUGAAGAGGCUUCUCUACAGCCCUAGUACCGAAGCUCUCGUCCCUACCACACCAGAAACUCCGACUCGUGGAGUCAAUCUUCCCAAAAUUGAAAUAGCUACAUUCAAUGGUGACCUGCUCAGCUGGCAAACAUUCUGGGAACAGUUUGAUGUGUCCAUACACAGCCGCAGGGACGUUAGCAAUGCAAAGGCAGUCAUAGAAGGAUUGUCGCAAUCGGGCGAUCAGUACUUGGAAGCAAUUGCAUCGCUCAAGGCGAGAUACGACCGACCAAGGCUAAUUCAUCAAACCCACGUCCAGAAGAUAUGUGAAGCCCCAAGUCUUAAAGAUGGUUCUGGCAAAGAAUUGAGACGUCUUCACGAUACCGUUCAACAACACCUGCGCGCCCUCAAGGCGAUGGACCAAGACCCCUCUGGAGCCUUCAUCACAUCCAUGAUGGAACUAAAGCUCGACCAAACUACCAUGUUUGAAUGGCAAAAGACUAGCCAAGCCACAAAAAGCGUACCUCAUUACAGGCUAUAUUGGAAUUUCUCAACCUCCGUGCCCAAGCUGCAGAGACCUGCUCUACCCAAGAAAGAAAACAUGUUCGAAAUGACUCAAGAAAACCACCCAGAUUGAUUCCAUCUCAUAUCGGACAUGUGUCUGAGGUGAAUGCUACUGUUUGUGUCGUGUGCAAGACUGAGAAACAUCCUCUAUACACUUGCUCCAAGUUCAAGAACCUACCCCAUGACAAAAUGCUGCUAACUAUCCGUUCUAACAACU